AUGGAUGUGUGGAUGCAAGUGCAAGCAACCUGGUUCACACGUGUACAUUUCAAGCUAACUACAUUAAUUGUAUCCUGCCUAAAAUUUCGUAUUUUGCUCGGGCUGCUUGCUUUCUCUUUGGAACAAACAGAUACGGUCUCAUGGACCUCGGGAAGUGUGGGAGGUGGAGGUGUCAGCCCUAAGUCUCUUGCAUCUGUUCAAGAACUCAAGGUUUCAUCAUACAGAAGUGAGUGCUGGAGCUUCCUGUGUGUUACUGAUUCCAGCCUCAACUGCAUCUGUAAACCAGAAGUGCCCAAUUGGCUUGUUCCUAUCAUCUGUCUUGUUCCUCUGGCUUUCAUUGUCUCCUGUUGCCUCAGAAUGUGCAUGUAUCACCACAAGAAAAGGAAUGGUAUCCUCCUUCCAGAUGAGGCAUCUCUACUCACCUCCACUCCACUCCCCAUGCCUGAUGUGCUCUCACUUCAGAAUUUUGAAGUCAGAAUUCUACCAACUUAUAAUGAGCUUGUAGACAAAGAACCAUUUCCUCUGGAGGACCCACCUGCCUAUGAAGAUAUUGACACGCAAUGUGACUCCCUUCCAAAUGUCUCCCUUCCUGCUGUGUUGAUGCUCAACGAUGAUAUCUCAACUGUCUAA